AUGUCUGCAGCUGCGUUCCACACUCAGGCUCUCCCCGCCGGCUGGUAUAAUCAGUCAGCUCCCUACAGCAACUAUCAGCCCGACGCCUACUCCUCCUCGUCCUGCUCCACGUCCUCCUAUUACGCAACUCCGGUUCGGUUCGCCUCCGUUUCGUCACAGAGAAGAGAACGCCGUCUAGCCGCCUCCGCCGCUGCCGAUCCGCAGCAGCAGCACAACAGCGGCAACGGGCGCAUGUAUGUUGAGCGUCGGGCAACGCACAACGCGACGGAGCGCGCGCGCAGGGAGCGACUCAACAUCCGUAUGACCGUGCGUCUCCAUUUCUCAAUUGUCCCCCAGGGCACUGUGACUCACCAGGCCGUAAUCGCGUUUCAGAUGCUUGCAUCGCUUCUGCCGGACAUCGCACCCGGGGAGCACAACAGGCGCCAGCCGUCGCGCCUCGCCAUCGCCAACUCGUGCAUCACGCAUAUCCACGCCGCCCGGCGGCAUCGCGCGCGCACCGCCGAGUGUCUCCGCACGAUGAUCGCCGAGCGCGCACAGCUCCGCGCGGAGCUCAAUACCUGGCGGGAGAAGGCCGGGCUCGAUCCCAUCCCCGCUUCCGACCACGCGGGGGGCGAGCUGGACGAGGAUGCGAGGGACGUGUUUGAGCGCCUGCUGAGGGGCGAUGAGCUGGAGUUUGAGGUUUCGGAUCUGCCGCCAUCGGAUGACGGCGAGGACGGGGAGCCCGGUGACGCCGAAGACAUCCGAGGUCGCCCCAUGACGCCGCCGUCACCCUCCUCCGCAUCGUCCACGCCCCCGCUGCCUUCCGCGGGCCCCUACCGAACGGGGGCGUGCGAAUGCGCCCAAUGCUAUCACGUGCAGCAGCCGCAGCAAGCGUGUUCCGCUGCGAAUGCCCCCUUCUCUCAUCACGCCCCGAUGUACUCCGAGGGCCACGGCAAUCUCGCAUGUGGAUGGCCGCAGGGCACUGUAUCGACGAACCAAUAUGCUUUCCGGGUCCAGGGCACAUAUGAGGGACCUGUUAUAUGGUGA